CAUGCAGUGACUAGCGAGUGAAUCAUUUUGUUGGUUUUUGAGUGCUGGGUUGAUGGAAAAGUACAUCAGUUUGCAAUUCAGUGGUUUCAAACACUGGACACUCUGCAUGUGGGCUUGAAGUGUGGGCUCUUGUGUGUAGCAGUAUUGUUUCUAUUUAUUCAGUACAUACUGGAAAAUCAGAGCAGAACAAAGGAAGCUUCAAUUUCAUUCAUAGAAAUUGUUUUGAGAGCGAAUGCAAUAAAGUACUACAGUACAGCUACUACUAAGGGCCUUUCCAGUGACUGUCCAAUUGUUGUGGAACUUGCAUGUUGUGUUCAUGCCUUAAGCACGUGGAAACUGAAUCAGACAAUGCUCAUUAUUGAUGAUAGAGUCGAAUGACCUUCAGUGUCUAGUAUUGAGCAACAUUCGUCACUGUACAUGUCCAUCCAUGCUGUUGCACUACAAUCAAACGUACAGUGAUUAAUGUACACGGAUUAACCGUUCAGAGUGGUUAGCAAACUUGUAAGGAUCUCUUUAUUUCAAACUUGACAUUUGUUUCACCUGGAUUUGAGGAUUAUUUAACAACGAAUGGUGGAAAUUUAUAGACUUGACAAAUUCAUGGAAUAAUCUGGAACUGGAAGUGGAAGAAUUGAAAGGCAGACCUGACAGACUGCGAAACUGGCCAUAUCAAGUCUGCCGUGACGGGUGUAUGUGUGUGUGUGGUGGUUGAGCGUGUGCUUUUUAUUGCUUCAGUUGUGAAUGUGAAUUCACUUUUGGUUUUCUUUGUGCUUCCUGCAAAACACUUGGAGUGAUCAUGCCUAUAUCAGAACCAUCAUCAUGUCCCAACAUCUCCAAUCCGCACGCUGUGAUUGUGAUGGUGGGUCUUCCAGCUCGAGGCAAGACCUACAUAUCCAAGAAACUUACACGAUAUCUCAACUGGAUUGGAGUAACAACAAAAGUUUUCAAUGUGGGUGAUUAUCGGAGACAAGCUGUGGGGAAUAAAUCCAGCACUCAUGAGUUUUUCAACCCACUCAACAAAGAGGCUCAAGUCAUUAGACAGCAAUGUGCGAUGGAGGCCCUUCACGACAUGGCGAGGUGGUUCGAGACAGAGGGUGAAGUUGCGGUUUUUGAUGCCACAAAUACAACAAGAGAGAGAAGAAGAAUCAUCACUGAGUUCUGUACACAGAGAUGCUACAAGGUUUUCUUUGUUGAGUCCAUUUGUGACGAUCCUGACGUGAUACGGACAAACAUUGAGGAUGUCAAGUUGGGAAGUCCAGACUACAAAGACAACGAUAAGGAAGAGGCUAAGCAAGACUUUGAGAAGAGAAUUGAACACUACAAAAUCUUCUACGAACCGCUGGAUGAGGAGCUAGAUAGGGAUGUUUCCUUCAUCAAGAUCAUCAAUGUCGGGGCACGUUUCUUAGUCAACAAGGUCAGAGGUCAUCUUCAGAGCAGAGUUGUAUACUACCUCAUGAAUAUUCAUGUCAUGCCGAGGACCAUUUACCUAACAAGGCACGGUGAGAGCCAGCUAAACCUUCAAGGAAGAAUAGGUGGAGACUCAGAUCUGUCAGAGAGGGGUUGGCAUUACAGUAAGAGUCUGUCUAAGUUCAUGUCGGAGCAACACCUAUCAGACCUCAAGGUGUGGACGAGUAGAUUAAAGCGGACUUACCAGACGGCAUCCAAUGUGAACGCUUCUAUUGAGCAGUGGAAGGCGCUGGAUGAGUUAGAUGGGGGAGUGUGUGAUGGAAUGACAUAUGAGGAGAUUCAGGAGAAGUACCCGGAGGAGUUUGCGUUGAGAGACCAAGAUAAAUACCACUACAGAUACCCUAUGGGAGAGUCGUACCAAGACCUGGUGACAAGAUUAGAACCAGUUAUAAUGGAAUUGGAGAGGCAAAAGAACAUCUUAGUAGUUUGUCAUCAAGGAGUGAUGAGGUGUCUUCUAGCUUACUUCCUAGACAAGAGCUCAGAGGAGUUACCGUACCUGAGAUGUCCUUUGCAUACAGUAAUCAAAUUAACACCAGUGGCUUAUGGGUGUAAGGUAGAGACGAUAUCGCUGGACGUCGAGGCUGUAGAUACCCAUAGGGAAAAACCAGAGAAUUGCGAGUUGGAAAGAUCUAUUGAUGAUGCCUUAGCUACGGUCCCUGACUACCCACUUACCGAGGAGGAAUUGGAUGACACUAAAGACGACGUGUUCCGUGAGGGGACUAGGGUCUUGGAGAGCAACGCUAAGGAAUAUGAGACCAUUGCCGGAGGAGUCAGUUAAGCAAAAGGUCAAACAGAAAUGUUUUUCUGGUGGAAAUAGGUUUGAACAUGCCUCAAACUCCUUAUUAACUUGUGCCCCAGUUAAGCAGACAAUGGUGCUUAACAGUUUUCUUCUAGCUAAAUUUAAGCAGGAUACCAGUCACAAACUGUACACAAGACAUAUUCUUUUGGCUGGUAAGCAAAAUUGUUUUGUGCUUAGUACUUUUUGUGCUAAAACAGCUCAAUGUAUUUGGCUCAGGGAGCAAUUUUAGUUGGUCCAAAAAGAGAGGUAUUGCUGUGCUUUUCCAUUUUCAAUGGCGCAGCUGAGUAACCAAAAAGGAAGUAAUCAACUGGGCACCCACUUUUUUAAAGACACUGUACACUAUUGGGUAUUGUCAAAGACCAGUCUUCUCACUUGGUGUAUCCCAACAUACA